AUGGGAGAAAGCGGAGGAAGAGGAGGCAGAGGAGGAGUAGGAGGCGGAGGAGGAGAAAGUGGAGGAGUAGGAGGAGGAGGAGAAGGAGGAGGAGGAGGCGGAGGAGGUGGCGGGGGAGGUGGUGGAGGAGGAGGAAAAGGAAGAGGAGGAGGUGGUGGAGGAGGAGGAGGAGGACGAUUAGAAAGCGGGGAGGAGGAGGUGGAGGCGGAAAAGGCGGCGGAGGAGGAGGAGGUGGAGGAAGCGGAGGAGGAGGAGAAGAAGGAGGAGGACCCAGAGGAGGUGGCGGCGGAGGAGGAGGAAGCGGAGAAGGAAUCGGAUAAGGAGGAGGUGGAGGUGAAUGAGGGGAAGGCGGAGGAGGAGGAGGAGGAGGAGGCGGAGGAGGAAAAGGAGGAAGCGGGGGAGGAGGAGGAGGAAGCGGAGGAGGAGGAGAAGGAGGAGGCUGAGGAGGUGGCGGAGGAGACCAACCUGCCUCUUGAUAAAAAAUAUGAAAAAUGA